UCGCCGCCGCCGCACGCAUCACACCAGCUCGUUGCAAACCGACACGACAGUCGUCGCGAAAGCACACACGCCGUCAGACGUCUCUCUCUCCGUAAUAAUAAAUUUUAAUUUAAAAAAAAAAAAACCCGUAACAUAAUAGAAUAAAAAUUGUACGCGAUCGCGUAUAAACCGGCGGCGACAUAAUAUUGUACCGUCGCGUCGUACACCACCGCGACAGGAAGCAGGGCUAUCACAAUUCACAACAUAGUAUACGGAGUGGACACUGCGACGACGACGACGCCGGAAGACGAUGUGCGUGAACACAGUCGACUUACUGCAGUGAUCGAUGUUAUAAUAAUAUUAUAUAACGCUCUCGAUACAUGCGGAAACCGGAGUAGUGAUCGGGAUCACCGAAGACAUUCCAAAACUUUUCAUCUGGCUGACAUGAGCGGUUGAACUUGGACACUAUACCUACUCAAAAACGCGCACACGUCCGGCGCGAACAGAACUGCACGUCUGCAAGAGGAGCGCAGCGAUAGCCGACGACUUCUCCGCACGAACUCGCGGCAGAUAAAAUGGCAGCUUUUCAAUGGAUAACAGCCUUAACGGUGUUCCAACUGCUGACAAGCAGUUUUUGUCUGGAAAAUGGUUUAGCCAGGACACCACCGAUGGGAUGGUUGGCGUGGGAGAGAUUUAGAUGUAAUACUGAUUGCAAAAACGAUCCCGACAACUGUAUAAGCGAGAAACUCUUUAGGACCAUGACGGACCUUGUGAUAUCCGAAGGGUACGCUGCUGCCGGUUACGAGUACAUAAACGUGGACGACUGUUGGUUGGACUUUGCAAGGUCGUACGAUGGUAGACUACAGCCCGACGCCAAACGGUUCCCCAGAGGAAUGGCCGACCUAUCCGAAUACAUCCAUUCGCGAGGACUGAAGUUCGGCAUCUACGAAGAUUACGGUAACUUCACGUGUGCUGGCUACCCCGGAAUCUUGGGAUCUCUCGAGGUGGAUGCAUUCACGUUCGCUGAAUGGAACGUGGAUUUUGUCAAACUGGACGGCUGUUACUCACUGCCCAAAGACAUGGAUCAAGGUUAUAGUGAAUUCGGCUACCACCUGAACAAAACUGGCAGGGCCAUGGUGUACUCGUGCAGUUGGCCGGUUUAUCAGACCUACGCAGGAUUACAACCCAAUUAUUCGGCUAUCACUUCGAGGUGUAACCUGUGGAGAAACUUCGACGACAUCCAAGACUCAUGGGCAAGUGUGGAAAGCAUAAUUGAUUACUAUGGCGAUAACCAAGACGUCAUUGCGGCUAAUGCAGCCCCAGGACACUGGAACGAUCCGGACAUGCUGAUUAUUGGAAACUUUGGUUUGAGCUAUGAACAGAGUAAGGUGCAGAUGGCUAUAUGGGCCAUACUCGCCGCCCCACUGCUUAUGUCAACCGACUUGAGGACCAUCAGACCCGAGUACAAAGCGAUUUUACAAAACAAAAAAAUCAUAGCCGUCGAUCAAGAUAAAUUGGGAAUCCAGGGCCGCAGGAUUUACAAGCACAAAGGAAUCGAAAUAUGGGCUAGACCGGUAACCCCGAUUUUCGAAAACUACUUCUCUUACGCACUCGCCUUCGUCAACCGCAGGACUGACGGUACGCCGUCCGACGUGGCAGUGGCGUUGCACGAAAUGGGUCUGCUGUCACCCACAGGAUAUAGAAUACAAGACUUGUACGAAGAUGUCGACUACGGAGUACUGUCUCCACAAACAAAGAUCAAGGUCAAAGUGAAUCCCACCGGUGUGGUCAUAUUGAAAGCGGACGUCCAACAGAACUUGAUAAAGCAAAACUUCUACAAACCUUACAACCCGUUCACGCAAGUCUAUCCGCUGAGGACGGCCAACGAUUUCGUGAAAAAAUGAGACCAGGAUCAUCCCCCGACGAGACAAGCUGAUUCAGCAACAAUAUCAAAAACAAAACAAAAAAAUAAAAUCGCUGACGUAAGAAUAAAUAACUACGGAAUGGAACGGAGUACACAGUUCAUCGGGCAACACGUAAUUUUCAAACCGCUGCAAAUUGCCGCUGCUGCGUGUGUACAUGUUAAUAUAAUUUUAUUGUAAAAACGAAAAAAUAAAAAAUUAUAUAUAUUUAUGAAA